AAAAAUGUACAAUAGCACUAAAAGAAAAAAAUAAAUGAAAAUAUAAAUAAUGAAUGAAAAAAGAAGAAAUUGGGUUGAACUGUGUUUUGUCCUUGUUUACCUUGAUAUAAGGUAAAUGAGUCUGACCGAACCCUCAACCCAAAAACCUUUAAAAACUCUGAUUGUGGAGUGAAGUCUGACUGCUGCUGCUGCUGCUGCUGAUGCUGAUGCUGAUGCUGAUGCUGAUGCUGAUGCUGAUGCUGAUGCUGCUGCUGCCCUCAGUGUGGCGGAGGAGAGAAAGCAUCUUUGUCUGCUCACAGCAGCUCUGGGCUUCCCCCCCUACCUGCCUCCAUCGACACAGCAACAUCUGACGAUAAGAAGACGGAGCUGGAGCUUUUUUCCCCCCUCUCCUGAAGACGGAGCUCGCCUGCUCCUCUCCUCUCCUCUCCUGCUGUCGGGGGGGAUCUGCGUCUUCAUUUUGUUCGUUCUCAUGGAAUAACCCAUCCGUCCGCGUCUCCAUGUGUCGGAUUGCUGGAUGCUGCUCAGGUAAACGACACCGCACACCUCCCACACAGAAACGACCUUCUGGACGGCGGGAAUUGGUGUUUUUUCUUUUUUUUUUCAUUUAUCCCUGCGCCCCCCUUCUCUCUCUCCAUUCCUUCAAAGACAGUGUUUGUUUUGCAGUUGCGGCUCCCCAGUUGCGGAGACUUGUGUUGUGGUGUUUGUGGUUUUCUUCUUCUACUGGAGGACGCUUUUUUCUGGCGUUGUUCAGCAGCCGUUUGAGGAUGAUGGGCUGCUGACGGGAGUGAAGGCCGUAUCUAGGCGACAUGCCUAGACGACCCAUGGAGAACUGACGGAAACGGUGCUGGACGGAGCCCAGGACACUGGAUGGCGAAGAAGAAGAAGCCCACAGUCUUUUGGAUCAGCCGUGUUGUUUGUUGUCUAUGUCAGCUCAGCCUAAGUAGAUGCAUAGCAGUCUGCGAUGUCCCGCCGGUGCUAAGAGAUGACCAAAAGAGUCAAGAUAGACAGUCAGGGCUAGACGAACUUCUACACUGGACAAGUAGCCUUAUUUCUGUAUAUUUUGUCUGAUAACAAAGCAACUGUAGACAGUACUUUUGACUUCUUGAUUGAAUUGGACGCCAAAAGAGAGCCAGAAGAAGAUAACAGGCAGUAACCAGCAUGGGCAGCUAUAAAGGCAAGGUCUUCUGGUUCUUGCUUCUAGCAGGAUCGAUUCUAGGGGGGUUAGCUUUGGAAUAUGAGGGGGUUCCUGGCCAGUGGACGCGCUACGGCCAGUGGGACGCAAAGGUGACAGGUGAGCUCAGCUUUAUCCUGAAGACCAACAUCACCAAGGCCCUGGUGCUCUACCUAGACGAUGGGGGGAACUGCGAUUUUCUGGAGCUUCUGCUCGUGGACGGCCGGCUCCAGCUGCGCUUCACCAUCCACUGCGCCGAGCCAGCCUUCCUGCACACCGAGACGCACGUGAACGACCAGCGCUGGCACAGAGUCACGCUCACCCGCAACCACAGAGAGACCAGGCUGGUAGUGGACAACGAGGAGAAAGCAGCUGAAGUGAAGUCCAAGAGGAAAGAGAUGGUGGUGGCCAGCGACCUGUACGUCGGAGGCAUCUCGCCAGACGUGCGUCUCUCCGCUCUGACCUCGAGCACCGUCAAAUACGAACCGCCGUUUCAAGGCUUCAUCAGCAAUUUGAAAGUGGGCGAGGCGCUCCCCAUCCUACUGGACGGUCAGGCGGUCCACAAUGACCUGGAGUACAUAUGUGCCACAGACUCUCCCUGCAGCAACAAAGGGAUCUGCUCCAUCGAUCAAGGAGAGGUGCUGUGCAACUGCAUCAGUACCAGCUACCAGGGAAGGUACUGCAACGAAGUUGUCCAAAAAGAAGUAGAAGGUCUGGCGCACCUGAUGUUAAACCGCCAAGUUUAUCGCCAAGGGCAGAAGGAGUCAGUGGCCACCUUUAGAGGCAAUGAGUUCUUCAGCUACAACCUGUCCCAGACUCCCAUCCAGAGCAGUCUGGAUGAGAUCACGCUGUCCUUCCGCACGCUGCAGAGGAACGGCCUGCUGCUGCACACGGGCCGGUCCGCCGACUACGUCAACCUGUCCCUGAGGAACGGCGCUCUGUGGCUGGUCAUCAACCUGGGCUCCGGAGCCUUCGAAGCUCUGGUGGAACCCGCCAGCGGCAAGUUCAACGACAACGUUUGGCACGAUGUGCGAGUGACGCGCAACCUCCGCCAGGUGACCAUCCUGGUGGAUGGGAUUCUCACCACCACCGGCUACACCCAGGAGGACUACACCAUGCUCGGCUCGGAUGACCUCUUCUACAUAGGGGGCAGCCUGAACACCGCCGACCUGCCGGGCUCGCCUGUCAGCAACAACUUCAUGGGCUGUCUGAAGGAUGUAAUCUACAAGAAUAACGAGUUUAGACUGGAACUGUCACGGCUGGCUGAGCAGCGGGACCCCAGGAUCAGUAUCCAUGGUGACCUGGUAUUCAACUGCGAGAGCGUGGAAGCCCUGGAGCCGGUCACCUUCGACACCCCGUCUGCCUUCCUGACGUUGCCCAGGUGGAACACCAAGAAGACGGGAGCCAUCUCUUUUGACUUCCGCACCAGCGAGCCCAGCGGGCUGCUGCUGUUCAGCCACGGCAGCCUGCACGGAGCGCAGCCCGACCGCAAGCCCCGCGCCGACUUCUUCGCCGUCGAGCUGCUGGACGGACUCCUCUACCUCGUCAUGGACAUGGGCUCGGGCAGCAUCAAGGUCAAAGCCAGCGAUAAGCGGCUGGAUAAUGGCGAGUGGUGCCAUGUGGACUUCCAGAGGAAGGGGCGCAGCGGUUUCAUCUCCGUGAACAGCCAGAGCGUCCCCUUCACCGCAAACGAAGGCAGCGAGAUCCUGGACCUGGACGGGGACAUGUUCCUCGGGGGCCUACCGGAGGAGCGGCAGUCCCUCAUCCUGCCCCCCGAGGUGUGGACGGCGUCCCUCGGGUUGGGCUUUGUGGGCUGCGUCCGGGACCUCUUCAUCGACGGGCAGAGCCGCAACCUGUGGAGGCUGGCGGAGGUCCAGAUCGCAACAGGCGUCAGCAGCUUCUGCACCAAGGAGACCCACGUGAGGUGCAGCCGGGACACAUGUGCCAACGGAGGACACUGCAGAGAGGGCUGGAACCGACACAUUUGCGACUGCAGUGGCACCGGCUAUCUAGGUCCCAGCUGUGGGAAGGAGGCCACCACCGUGGGCUACGACGGCAACAUGUAUCUGAAGGUGGUGCUGCCGAGGACGAUGCACACGGAGGCGGAGGAUGUGUCGCUGCGCUUCAUGUCUCAGAGGGCCUUCGGGCUGCUGUUGGCCACCACGUCCCAGCAGUCAGCAGACACCCUGCGCGUGGAGCUGGAUGCAGGCAGAGUGAAGCUCACUGUGAACCUGGAUUGUAUCAGGAUAGACUGUAACCUCAGCAAGGGGCCAGAGACUCUCCUAGUAGGCGAGAAGCUCAAUGACAACGAGUGGCACACGGUGAAGGUGACGCGGCGUGGGAAGAACCUGCAGCUCUCCGUGGACAAUGUGACAGCAGAAGGUCACAUGACCGGCGCCCACACCCGCCUGGAGUUCAACAACAUCGAGACGGGCAUCAUGACGGAGCGCCGUUUCAUCUCCGUGGUGCCGUCCAACUUCAUCGGUCACCUGCAGGCGCUCUCCUUCAACGGGAUGCUGUAUCUGGACCAGUGCAAGAACGGAGACAUCUCCUACUGCGAGCUGAACGCUCGAUUCGGCCUGCGGCACAUCAUCGCCAACCCCGUCACCUUUCUGACCCAGGCCAGCUACCUGGCCUUCUCCACUUUGCAGGCCUACGCUUCCAUGCAUCUGUUCUUCCAGUUCAAGACCACCAGUCCGGACGGCCUGAUCCUCUUCAACUCGGGAGAUGGUAGCGACUUCAUCGUGGUGGAGAUGGUCAAAGGGUACAUUCACUAUGUUUUUGACCUGGGAAACGGGCCGUCGUUGAUGAAGGGGAACUCAGAUCGGCCUCUGAACGACAACCUUUGGCACAACGUGGUGAUUUCCCGCGACAACAACAACGUUCACAUCCUCAAGAUCGAUUCCCGCACUGUCACGCAGCACGCCAACGGAGCCCGCAACCUGGACCUAAAGGGGGAGCUGUACAUUGGGGGGGUCGGAAAGAGCAUGUACAGCAGCCUCCCCAGACUGAUCGCGUCCCGAGAAGGAUACAAGGGCUGCCUGGCGUCCGUAGAUCUGAACGGCAGGCUCCCCGACCUGCUGGCGGACGCCCUCCACAAAGUGGGAGACGUGGAGCGUGGCUGUGGAGGUCCCAGCACCACGUGCACCGAGGACUCCUGCCACCACCAGGGCGUGUGUCUGCAGCAGUGGGAGGGCUUCUCCUGUGACUGCACCAUGACCACCUAUGGGGGACCUUUCUGCAGCGACCCUGGGACGACGUACAUCUUUGGGAAAGGCGGCGCUCUCAUCACGUAUACCUGGGCCCCCAACGAAAGGCCGAGCACUCGGGCUGACCGAUUAGCCGUGGGCUUCAGCACGCAGCAGAAGGACGCCAUCCUAGUGCGAGUGGAAAGCACCCAUGGCCUUGGCGACUAUCUUGAGCUGCACAUAGAACAAGGAAAGAUUGGCGUCAUAUUCAAUGUAGGGACAGAUGACAUCACCAUCGAUGAGCCCGCUGUCAUUGUAAAUGAUGGCAAGUACCAUGUUGUGCGCUUCACACGCAGUGGUGGCAAUGCCACUCUCCAGGUGGACAACCAUCCUGUCAUUGAGCGCUACCCGCCAGGACACUAUGAUAAUGAACGACUGGCUAUUGCUAGACAAAGAAUCCCAUACAGACUCGGUCGGGUAGUUGACGAGUGGCUACUCGAUAAAGGGAGACAGUUGACCAUCUUUAACAGCCAGGCGGCCAUUAAAAUUGGCGGCCAGGACAAGGGUCGGCCCUUCCAGGGUCAGAUUUCGGGGCUGUACUACAACGGCCUCCAGGUGCUCAAGCUGGCGGCGGAGAGCGACCCCAGCGUUCAGGUGGACGGGAACCUGCGCCUUGUCGGGGACUCGCUCUCUGUGUUGACCACAGACAUCACGUCCGCCACGCCGCUGCCCGUGUCCGACAUGUCCACCACGAUCAUGGAGACCACCACUACCAUGGCAACCACCACCACCCGCAGGCAACGCUCGCCCAGCCUGAGGGAGAGCAUCUCAAAGCCUCAGAGCUCCGAUGAUAUUUUGGUGGCAUCGGCUGAGUGUCCGAGUGACGAUGAGGACCUGGAGGAGUGCGAACCCGGAACAGGAGGUGAAUUAGUGUUGCCUAUAAUAACAGUGGACUCCCUUGAGCCCCCAUCCAUCGCCACCCGCUACCCUUUCAUUCCUCCUCCUCCCCCAACCCACCUAUCCCCUCUCGAAACCACCAAAGAGUCCCUGAUACUCCCCCCUCAUCCCUCCUGCCCCCCGGACCAGGAGGACUGCGGUGACCCUGUGGAGGUCUCAGCCUUCGGCUCCGGGGAGAUGACGGAAUCCGAUGACGAAGACUUUAAUAAGAACUCCCCCAUGGUCACCGACAGGACAGUCCUUCCCCCACCUCCUGCCGCUGGCGACAGUGGAGUCCAAAAACCCCGCCCCUUACCUCCUUUUAUCCCCACCACCAACCCCGACCAGCUCCACAUUCCCGCAGGCAAAAUGAACACCCGUGACCAGGUGCUUCUACCCCCUGCUCCCCCGUCCUCCCGAAACACACCGGGACUAACUUACCCUCCCAAUUUUCCCCAUGUGCCCACAGCCAACCCCACAGCCUCAGAUGAAAAGAGCCAGCACGUGGAGGUGAUCAGGGAGGCCAGCAGCACCACGGGGAUGGUGGUUGGCAUCGUGGCUGCUGCUGCCCUCUGCAUUCUUAUCCUCCUCUAUGCCAUGUACAAGUACCGCAACCGGGACGAGGGCUCCUACCCGCCGGACCAGAGCCAGAGCUUUGCCAACAGUUCGGCCGUGGAGGGUAACGGGGCUGUGGUCAAGGACAAAAACACGGCGAAAGGCUCCGUGGCCAAGGCCAACACAAAGGGCAAAAAGAACAAAGACAAAGAAUAUUACGUCUGAGAGCCGAGGAGGAGAAACAGACACGGACUGGGACUAGAGGAGGAAUUUUUUUCCGCUACCUGGACUUGUCAGGUGGGCCUUCGGGGGGAAAAAAAGAAAAAGAAAAUAAAAACACAAACCACAAAAAAACUGCACAAAGCAAAUAUAUAUUGCUUUUCCGUGUCUUGAAAGUCAAAGUUGCCCAUUAGUGAUAAAUUCUUCUCGACGACACGAGAUCGGACUCAUCCUCUGUGUCAAAAUGUGCACUCUGUCAGCAUUCACCGAUUCUUUGUUGGAGCAUCAUCUUCUUUUUUUGAUUUCUUGGUUUCUACGAGCUUGGAGGAAGAAUACCCACUUUGGCUUUGUAAAUAGCAGGGGUGUGGCUGUGUACAGAAAGUCCCGAGAACAUCCGGUUUCUUUGGACUUCUUUGUGAUGCUGUAUCUUGAGUCUUAAUGUCCCCCAAAUAUGAUGUGUGAGGCACAACAGGGCCAGUUUUGUUUUCUUAUUUCUAGCAUCCUGAUGAGUGCGCAGGAAGAGAAAGCCUUUACCCGGGGAAGGCGUUUACCGCCGAGGCCUCCUUGUUCGUCCACUAUGGUCCAGGAGAUGCAGAGCGUCUCUCAUCCACCCGUUCAAGUGCGAUGGGUCAGAAACAUUACUUGUGUGAGUAGUAAGUGUGCCAUGCCGUACCAAGUAGGGAUAAUCGUGAACAAGUCGACCAGCAACCACCAGUGGAGGUAUUUCUCUGUAAACACUGCUUGUAUGUACUGUAUAUACAUAGAGGUUGGAAGUUACCGGGUAAGGUAAGACGAAGACGCUCGGCCCCCUUCCAAGCACAGAUUUUAAGAAAACGGGUUGCAACCCAAGCAGCUCUGAAGAGCACAAAGUCGCAAGUUCUGAUUGCCGAUGGCUCCGCCCUCGUUUCUCCUCAAACUGUCAUUGGAUAAUCCAAAAAAAACACAUCCAAAACGUUUGAGACAGGUGUUCCUUGUAAAGCAGCCAAACAUGUAUUUGUUUUCUAUCAGUUAUCAAAAGACUAUUCUAUGAGGUGAAUAAUUGAAAAUUUGUGAAUUGUAUUGAUAUUUCUCCGAUAUUUCCGUGUAUCUCGUCACCACCUUUUCUGAUCAUGUUCCAUUUUCAGAUUGUCUCUCAUUUGGAUUAUUUGUUUUUUGAUAAAAAGCACACUCCUCUCAAAGCUGCAGACGUGUUUGUUUUUGUCGGAUUCUUCACCGUCGGGAUGGAACAAACCAGUGUACUUUUUUUUUUCCAACGUGCUGAAUCUGUUACUCAAUGAAAUUGAUAAUACGAAGCCAUUCUUCUCUGUUGAGUUAUUUAUUCAUACGCUGUGAUCUCCUGUUUCUUUUAUUUUUUUUUAAUGAAAGUGCCAUUCAACAUGAGCAGCUCAGCACUUGGAAAAUAGACCAUUCCUCACUUAUUGCUAUUGUAUAAUGUUCAUGUGAAAUGGAUCUUAAUAUGUGUACAGAACGUGAAAAAAGAUGAAAAUACACUUGAUUAUAUACUUUGUA